UAGUCCAGUAGCAGCGGUACGGUACAGGCCAGUUAUAAAUUGGGGUGCCCACCAAAGAGGAGCUCCUCAUCAACACACACCAAACCAAACAGAUCCAACUAGCUACAGAGUGCGAGCAAAGCCAGUGAGGGAGUGAACAAGCUAGAUGGCCAAGCAUCUCUCGCUCCUGCUGGUGGCGGCGCCGCCGCUGCUAAUGCUGCUCCUGUUCUCCUCCGUCUACGGCUCCAGCGCCGGCGGAGGGCCGAACCUGAACGCCAGCGCCGUGUCCUUCGGCCAGUCGGGCGUCGCCAGGGCCACCUGGUACGGCGCCCCCAACGGCGCCGGCCCUUACGACAACGGCGGCGCUUGCGGGUUCAAGAACGUGAACAAGUACCCGUUCAUGGCCAUGACCUCCUGCGGCAACCAGCCCCUCUUCAAGGACGGCAAGGGAUGCGGCGCAUGCUACAAGAUCAAGUGCACGAAGCACAAGGCGUGCUCCGGGCGGACGGAGACGGUGGUGAUCACGGACAUGAACUACUACCCGGUGGCGCCCUACCACUUCGACCUCAGCGGCACCGCCUUCGGCAAGCUCGCCAAGCCCGGCCGCAACGACGAGCUCAGACACGCCGGCAUCAUCGACAUCCAGUUCACCAGGGUGCCGUGCGAGUUCCCGGGGCUCAAGGUGGGCUUCCACGUGGAGGAGGGCUCCAACGCGGUGUACAUGGCGAUCCUGGUGGAGUACGAGAACGGCGACGGCGACGUGGUACAAGUAGACCUCAUGGAGUCCGGCCGCGGCGGCGGCCGGUGGACGAGGAUGAAGGAGUCGUGGGGCUCCAUCUGGCGCCUCGACUCCAACCACAGGCUCCAGGCGCCAUUCUCGCUGCGCAUCCGCAACGAGUCCGGCAAGACGCUCGUCGCCCGCAAUGUCAUCCCCUCCAACUGGCGCCCCAACACCUUCUACCGCUCCAUCGUCCAGUACAGCUAGAAUGCUAGAUCCUCCUGCAGAGCUCCAUUGAUGGAUUAGUAUCCGGUAUCCCCAUUGGUUCAUUCCGAGCUAGCUCUGGUUCAUUUGGCGGCAGUUGCAGUUGCAGUGGUGCUAUUGGGGUUUGAUUAAUUGUAAUUCUGAAGUUACAUUUUGUAUUUGUGGGAAUAAGAGGAGGCAAGCGUAGGAAAUCCCAGAUGAAAAAAGUAUAUGGGGUUUCCUACGCUCUCCCGCCCACUCUCCAUCUUGUUCUCUGCUACUACUAGUUGUAUUAAUUUGGUCUUGUUUCAGAGUUUCGUGUCGAUGCAAUGCAGCUGCAGUUGCAAUUUAUGUAACUGCAUGCUGUAUCCAUGAUCCAUUUACUGCUGCAUGUGAAAUCAUGCAUUAUCCAUUAUGUGUAUCAGACUGGGCAGGGCGUAUGUAUAAAUUAAUGUUGGCGGAUCGAA